AUGGCCCUGCCCCGCACCCUGGGCGAGCUGCAGCUGUACCGCGUGCUGCAGCGGGCCAACCUGCUGUCCUACUACGAGACCUUCAUCCAGCAGGGCGGGGACGACGUGCAGCAGCUGUGCGAGGCGGGCGAGGAGGAGUUCCUGGAGAUCAUGGCGCUGGUCGGCAUGGCCACCAAGCCCCUGCACGUCCGGCGCCUCCAAAAGGCCUUGCGGGAGUGGGCAGCCAACCCCGGCCUCUUCAGCCAGCCCAUGGCCUCCCUGCCCGUCAGCAGCAUCCCCCUCUUCAAGAUCUCCGAGACCGGCGGGCGCAAGUCGCUCAGCAACGGGCACGCCAGUCCCAGCGAGGCCCCGGGCAAGGGGGGCAGCGGACUGGCCACGCCGCCCGCCCGCAGCCCCUCGGAGCCGGGGGAGAAGCUCUCCCCCCUGCCGGCCCCCCAGUGGCCAGGGCGGAGCACCCCGGAGUCGGAGGGGGGCGGCACGGAGGAGGAUGGGGGGCCGCCCCCCUUCUCGCCGGGGGUGGGCGGGGAGCCGGCCCCGGAGCAGCUGGACCCGGAGCUGGCGCGGACGGUGGCGGAGAGCGUUGAGCGGCUUCUGCAGACCUGCCCGCGGGGGGGCGAACCGGAGCUGCGUGCCCUCAUGAAGCUCAACAAGAAGCUGGCCAAGGCGGUCGGGCACAUCUUCCAGCUGGAUGACGGGGACCGGCGCAAGGAGGAGGAGAUCCGGCGGCACAGCGCCAUCUACGGGCGGGGCGAGGCCCGGCGCCGCGACGGCAAGCCGCUCACGCUGCACGAGCUGACCAUCAACGAGGCGGCAGCGCAGUUCUGCCUGCGCGACCACACGCUGCUGCUGCGCCGGGUGGAGCUCUUCUCCCUGUCGCGCCAGGUGGCCCGGGAAAGCACCUACCUGUCCUCGCUCAAGGGAGCCAGGUCGCAUCCGGACGAGAGCGGAGCCGUGCAGCCCAAGAAGCUGAAGCAGGAGGUGGGUGAGCAGAGCCGCCCCGAGCCCCUGCAGCUGCCGGGGGGGUCGGAGUCCUACGCCCCCCCGUACAGAGCCAGCCUGGAGGAGGACGCGGCCAGCCUGUCGGGAGAGAGCCUGGACGGGCACCUGCAGGCCGUCGGCUCCUGCCCCCGCCUCACGCCACCCCCCAGCGCCGCCCCUGACCUGCCCCUCAGCCUCCCCCCCCACGGGCUCUGGAGUCGCCACAUCCUGCAGCAGACGCUGAUGGACGAGGGGCUGCGCCUGGCCAGGCUGGUGUCCCACGAGCGCGUCGGGCGCCUCAGCCCCUGCCUACGGGGCAAGUCCCCAGGCCCAGAGUUCGAGGACGGGCUGGCAGAGGGGGGCCCCCCGGCCCCGGCUGAGUCCCGCCGCAGCAGCGUCAAGGUGGAGCAGGAGACCAGCCGGCAGUGA